AUGGCCGCCACCGGCCCGGCGCUCCCGGCAGAGCCCGCGGCAGCGCCGAGCCGGCGUUCCGAGCGCCCAUUGGCUCCCGCCCCGCCCUGCCAGCCCACCAAUAAUCACGCCGCCUCCCCGCCCCCAGGGAGGGCAGUGGCGGGCCGGCUCUCAGUAGCUCAUCUCGCACUGGUCCUCCAGUGGCCCCGCCCACCGGCGCCUCGAAGGCGGGGCUCUGGUGGCCGUCCCGGCGCGUGCGCGCCCGCCGCUGCCGGGCGGGUCGGCCGUGCGGGCGGAGCCGGUUGGAAACCCGGCGCCCUGGAGGAGCCGCGGGUCGCUGCGCGGCCGGAGCCGCAGGACGACGAGGAGGAUGAGGAGGAGGCGCUGCCGCACUCCGAGGCGGUGGACGUGUUCCAGGAGGGCCUGGCCAUGGUUGUGCAGGACCCGCUGCUCUGCGACCUUCCGAUCCAGGUUACUUUAGAAGAGGUUAAUUCCCAAAUAGCAUUAGAAUACGGCCAAGCAAUGACAGUCCGAGUGUGCAAGAUGGACGGAGAAGUUAUGCCUGUGGUUGUGGUCCAGAACGCCACAGUCCUGGACCUGAAGAAGGCCAUCCAGAGAUACGUGCAGCUCAGGCAGGAGCGCGAGGGAGGCAUUCAGCACAUCAGCUGGUCCUACGUGUGGAGGACAUACCACUUGACCUCCGCGGGAGAGAAGCUCACAGAAGACCGGAAGAAACUCCGAGAUUAUGGUAUCCGGAAUCGGGAUGAGGUGUCUUUCAUCAAAAAGCUGAGACAGAAAUGAAUCUCCAGACUUGGACAGCUCUGUGUGCGGGCAGCUGAGCUCUUCCCUGGCAGAAGGAAGCCUUGGGCCACUGUGCCCUGUCCCCAGACGGGUGGGAGAGAGCCUGACCCCAGCUGGACUUGCUGGACUCUCAAGUGAACCCUGAUCCCAGGGCUAUGGGCCUGGCCCUGUGUACAGAAUAAACCCUGUUUGCGUUGA